AUGGCAUCAAAUUCUGAUAGAUACGGUUUUAUUGGAUUAGGUCUCAUGGGAAUUCAUAUGGCCACCAACCUCCAAAAUUAUUUAUCCUCAAAAAAUCUUGACCCAUUAAUUGUUUACAAUCGAACACAUACCAAAACCCAAAAUAUUACCAAAAUUGGAGCAAUUGCUGCGACAAGUUUAAAACAUGUGGCCGAAUACUCUAAUAUUAUAUUUACUGCAUUGUCCAAUGAUAAUGCGGUUAAUGAAGUUUAUGAAGAAUUGUUAAAAGAAUUUGAUCAAAUUUCAGAUGAUAAAAGAAAUUUAAUUUUUGUUGAAACAAGUACGAUUUAUUCGACCUCUAUUAGUAACCUUAGAAGAAAGGUCGAAAGUGUUGAGAAUAGGAAACUUUUGCAUUGUCCUUUAUUGGGUCCUGCCAUUGCUGCAAAGAACGCGCAAUUAUUAAUUAUUACUUCAGGAAAUCAAAAUGCAAUUGAUCACAUUACGCCAUUAUUGGUACCAGUUUUAGGCAGAAAGAUUCUUUCCUUUGGUGACAAUGUAAAAGCAGGAGCAUCAUUCAAACUUUUAGCAAAUUUCAUGAUUGGUGGUUCGUUGGAAUUAUUGUCCGAGGGAUUGACUUUAGCCGAAAAAACCGGUAUUGAGAAAGAGCAAUUUUUGGAAUAUAUCACUUUAGUAUUCCCAAACACUCCGCUUAUGUAUUAUGCCAAAGAUUCGGGCGCUCAUCUUCCCACAGCAGAAUUACUUCACAAGCAUUUGAAUUAUGUUAAAGAAAAUGUGAGAGAUGAUAUUGAUUGGAGUAGUAUUUGCGGAACUGUUAGAGUUUCCUCUGGGUUACCAUUUAUUAAUAAAAAAACUGAAGACAAUGCUGAUCAAUAA